GCAGGUGUCCGCCCCGCGCCGACCACAGCAGGCGGCGUUCCUGGUCUCGCCGGAUUAAUAAAUGCCCUGAAACCAUGAAGUAAAUCACACACCACUCUUGUAUAACUAAAUAGCAUCACACCAUGUAUACAUAUGUGCUGGGAAAUGCAUAUACUGACCCCAUCAUGUAUAUGCAUCAAGGCAGAGCAAUGCAUAUGUUCUAUACAUUUAAAACUCCAAUGAUUAAACACUGCUAAUUAAAAAGAGAGGAUAAGGCUUGUUGUCCUGUCUGGGAGGUCGCCACGGCACCGCCCCCGCCACGGCCUGAGCGGGAACUCCUCACGCCGCCCUGCCUCCCUCGCCAGCCUCCCUCCGUCAGCUGGUGCGCGUGGGCUGACAUUCGUGAUCCGUGUGUGUGUCGCUUUCAUUUGCGUGUGUCUUGUGUCUCGUGUUCGUCUUCCGCGCCGCAGGUGCAAAAAACUCCGGCGGUUCAGGUGUGAGAAACAUUUUGGCGCUGGUGUGAGGGUGAGGUGACAGACAGACACACGCAGCCACACGCCAUGACCUUGAAUGAGGGAGAGAGGAGAGAGCAUCGAGGCAGACCGGGAGAGUAAACCUUCGCCUGUGUCCCUCGCUCUCUUUCUCUCCUCCCUUCACCUCUCACUCCCUGAACUGAACACAUGUUGAGAGAGACAUAACUGUAAAAAUAGAAUAAUGAGGACAUGGUGGAAUUGAUCUGAGUUACCUGUACAUUGGUGUGAACUCCAAGGGGUACGGUAAACUAGUGAAGGCCCCUGUGUGUGCCCCGCCCCUCAGCGCCCCGCCCCGCAGCCCCAGGACAGAAUGCGGGGCUGCCAAAGAGGAAGAAGGGCGCGCGCCUCCUUCAGGUUGCUAAGAUUUCUGGCGGUGGGCGUGGCUCUAGUGCUGGCCCUGUGCCCUGAAGAAGGGACGUGCGGGAACCCAGACGCUAAGAGGCUGUAUGAUGACCUACUGUCCAACUACAACAAGCUAGUGCGGCCGGUCAUCAACGUUUCCGACCCCCUGGUGGUGAAGAUCAAGCUUAAACUCUCUCAGCUCAUUGAUGUGAAUCUGAAAAACCAAAUCAUGACGACCAACUUGUGGGUGGAACAGUUCUGGUACGACUACAAGCUGAAGUGGGAUCCAGAAGAGUACGGCGGUGUGUUGAUGUUGCACGUGCCCUCCGACCACGUGUGGCGGCCUGACAUCGUACUAUAUAACAAUGCUGAUGGUAACUUCGAGGUGACGCUGUCCACGAAGGCGACCCUACAUUACGAUGGCCUGGUGGAGUGGAAGCCCCCAGCCAUCUACAAGUCUUCGUGUGAGAUUGACGUGGAGUUUUUCCCCUUCGAUGAGCAAACCUGUGUUAUGAAGUUUGGCUCUUGGACCUAUGAUGGAUUCCAGGUAGACCUUCGACACAUAGACGAGAAGAAGGACAACCCCGUGGUGGAGAUUGGUGUUGAUCUGACCGAGUUUUACACCUCUGUGGAGUGGGACAUUCUUGCGGUGCCGGCCAUCAGGAACGAGAAGUACUACACGUGUUGCAACGAGCCUUACCUGGACAUCACCUUCAACAUCACCAUGAGACGCAAGACGCUCUUCUACACCGUCAACCUCAUCAUCCCCUGCAUGGGCAUCUCUUUCCUCACAGUGCUCGUCUUUUACCUCCCCUCUGACUCCGGCGAGAAGGUGAGUCUGUCCAUCAGCAUCCUCCUCUCCCUCACCGUGUUCUUCUUGCUGUUAGCUGAGAUUAUUCCGCCGACGUCCUUGGUGGUGCCGCUACUCGGGAAAUUCGUGUUAUUUACUAUGAUAUUAGACACGUUAAGCAUAUGUGUGACGGUGGUGGUCCUCAACGUGCACUUCCGCUCGCCGCAGACCCACUCGAUGGCGCCGUGGGUCCGGAGGGUUUUCAUCCACAUCCUGCCACGCCUGCUGGUCAUGCGGCGCCCUCAGUACCAGAUGGAUCGACACCGCACCCUCAGAAGCCUCUUCGCCAAGACCAAGGCCGGCAUGCUUCGUUCCUGCAAUGGCGGGGACAUGAGGGAUGCCUGCAACUACUACUCCUCCGAGUCCUUCCAGGAUUCACGAGAAAACUCCUUCAGAAGCCAGCAGGAGCUGAGGGACGCCAUCCGGGAGGGACUCAUCUACAUGGACAUGGCCGGCAGCAGACCGCGCUCUCCACACAGCGAGUACUCCCCAAGCCGUGACAUCGAGGCUCUGGGCAUCAAUGGCGGCUGCAAAAUCCAUGGGCCCGCAGUGCUGGCGGACGACCUCGGUGUGGGGCUUAACGGCAAUGUGGGGUCACCAGGCCGGGGCACCACAGACAAUGGCAGCACACAGUACUGCCCCGAGGUGAUGAAGGCCUUUGAGGGUGUCAAGUUCAUCGCAGAGCAUACUCGGCGGGAGGAGGAGUCCUGCAAGGUCAAAGAGGACUGGAAAUACGUGGCCAUGGUGCUUGACCGCCUGUUCCUGUGGAUCUUUACGCUGGCAGUGUUGCUAGGCACAGCUGGCAUCAUCCUGCAGGCACCCACCCUGUACGACGACCGCAUCCCCAUCGACAUCCUUUACUCCGAGAUUGUGGCGGCCGGUGACCACGGCACCAAGAACACCCCCAACCCUGCCAACGUGACCUGAGUCCACCUACCGUUCUCCACCGACACCAACACCACCACCUUCCAACUCACACCCAACUCUCUCCAUGAACUCUCCAGCACCGCACACCCCAAGCCAUCAGACCCAACGAGCUUCAACCAUUUGACUCCAGCACAGUGACAAAGCUGGCCUGCUUGAUGCCUGAAGAUGGGAGCAACCCAGCCAGUCACUGACAGUGUCUGGGAGUGUGUGGCACAGGAGAGAGAGAAAUGCCAGGAGAGGCUGAAUCACUGCUCCCCACAGUUGUUUGGGUCAUCAGUGAUCACUAAAGCUCAGGCUUGUGUUCUUGCAUGAACAGUAGAGUUGCGUCUUGGCCACAGUGGUCUUCAAGCUCAACCAUUGAAGGACUUCUUGAGGGAGUGCUGGUGAUGGUACAGUAGUUUCCUUAUAACUGGUUGUAAAGUUGCUCAAAGACAGUGACAGAUAGUGUGGAAAUGCAGAAAACUUGUCAGCCGUGCAAAAAAAUAGACUGAGUCACCAGAACUGAGAAAAGUCAUGUUUGUGAAAACUUGUGCAAAUAUAUAAGAAAGUAUUUACAGCUUUUGUAUCCGAUUUAUUUAAAUGAGUUUAGUGUGCAUGUGUGAGUGAAAGUGCAUAUAUGCAGGCAUGAUUUAUUCAUAGAGCUGCUAAUGAGUUUGCAUACCAGUAAGUGAAAUCCUGAGUGCACAAAUACUGCCUGAAGGACAGUGAUGCUGGUGUGGCAUGCCAUGCCACUGGCUCGACGGUCCCACAACUCUUGGUCUUAGCAGUGAGCCGGUGUGCUCAUAAUGUAGAAGAUGGUCCACAUUUUCUAUGAAAGUAUGCAUUAUAUUUAUAGAAAAAAAACUUUGGUGUAGGCAUAGAUAUGCAUAUAUCAAUUUUAUAUUUAUAUACAUGGUAUAAGGUCUGCCAGCAAGCCACUGUAGUGUCCCCAGGGACCACAAGUCAGUGAGUCAUAAGGGCUGCAGCUUGUGUCUGGUGCACCAGUUUGCCACACAAGUUGGUCGCCAGUCAGACAUCAUUGUGCUGGUUGGAAAUGCCAAAGACUGUUGUAUGUUGCCAUAUCAGCAACACAACUCGGUGUCAUGUGGUUGCCAGCCAUCUGCACCACACUCACAGAAGAUCCGACACGACACCCCUCCAUACUGCCAGCCUGUCUCCUCACCCUCAGCUACUGUGUGUCCUCCAGUGAAUCAGUGUCACCCUGAGGGGUCACACCCUCCCCUGCCACCCUGUCUUGCUCUGCCUGAUGGGCAGGGAGGCAUCACUCCCAUGCCAAGGCAUCAUGGCAUCACUCACCCAUGGUUGUGUAUGUUAGGUUUACGGGACUGGCUUUCAACGGACAAAUAUUACAUCUGGGGAAAAGUACAAUAAAUUGCAAUCAUCUGUAGUUAAAAUUAAGUGCUUUGCAGACAAAGUGCAAAUAUUGUUACUUAAUUGUAUAAUGUAUUUAUUACAGAGAACAAUUAUGUAAUUUGCAUAGAACUUAGUUUGGAAUGCUAUCUGAGAGGAGUGUGUGAGUCAAGGGACAGCAGGUCGCACUUAGUGGCCUACCAAUACAAUGCUUCAUGCAAAGAAGAUUUUCACGAAAUCAACUCCCAAAAAAAGAUUAAUGAUUGGUCUUUUGAGAGACAUAUUGGUGUACAUAAUUACAUACUUUUCUUAAAUGCAUCCUGUUACCUUGGACAUUAAAUCCAACCCUGCUGAAGCCUGCAGCCUCAUUGUUUUCUCCUUACUACAAACACAACACAGCACAGCAAGUGUGUGCAACAUGACGGACAUGACAGACUGUGGCGUGGUGUGGCGUGUGACUGCCUGUAGCUUGUGGCUGCAGAGGUUGAGAAGCUCACAGCUGUGAGGAGGUUGAUCAACAGGAGACAAGGGUCAGGCCAGACUUCUUUCACCAUUCUACAUCAUUGUUUUGGCAACCUUCUCUAUACAAACACUUGCAUCAUUCCAGCCUCUGCUGCCCCACAGUGUCAUUACAACAGUACAAUCAUUUCAGUUUUUCUCUUCUUGACUUUCCUAUGACAAGAAUAUUUUUAUGAAAAAUGCCCAAAGCAAUCACAAAGACAUGACCUGUGGCAGUAAUAACAAAGAAGUAGAAGAUUCUCUUGCACUUUGAGUAUUAGCAGCAGCAGCUAUAAUUAACUAAAUCAGUUACCAAGCUCCAGACACAAUGCUGCUUACCAGUCACGGCCAUCAGCCACCACACAAGGACAUUCAGCCACAGUCUGACAUUCUGCCUUUCUUCACUCUGAAAAUUAUCUUGCAUCUUUCCCUCUGCCUUCUUGUAACAAAUCACUGUUAGACUAUGAGAAGGUUUUGUUACAAAGUUGGAAGUCAAAUAAGUUUUCAAACAAGUCUCUUAGAUGAAUAUGAUCUUCAUAAAACUACACUUAAUUAAUGAUUGACAUAAUUCAUUAUAAUCAUUUGCUACACAUCUGCCACUUGAAUUUCCUUCAGCCCAAACAAGUAUGUCAGUCAUCACACACAACACAAUUACUAACACUAAAACAAAGUAGGAGAGGUUGUAUGUUACAUAGACAUAUUAGAUUGUACCAAAGUUUCACUACUCCUGAGCAUUCCAAACACACUGUGAUCACUGUUGUUGUAGCAAAGUCUGAAGUUUAGUGUAUCCAUUAAUCAGGCCGGACUGGUGCUACUCCUAAUGUUGCUGCUGCUGCUGCUGCAGUGGACAUGACACUUGUUAAGACAAGUAAUGGUUCAUGAGUGCGCAUGCACACACAUACACGCACACACGCACGCACAUGCACACGUGCGCACACACACACACACACACACACACACACACACACACACACACACACACACACACACAUGCAGACGACCGAGGUGAAUUACACACACACAGUGUGUGGCGAUGCCUGUAUAGUUUUGCCGGGUGGUCUGCCGUCUCGAGAUAAUGUAAUCACUUCCUAGUUGAUCGCCUCAUGUAGGAGUUAGUCAGAGUCAAAUCCAAGACAGUUGCUCAAAGAAUCACAGACCUAAAAAUUUUGUAAGGAAGUCAAAUCAAAAUGCAUGUUUCAGUGUUGCAUGUAGGAAGCCAUGUAAGAUAGUGACCGUGCAUUAGCAGAAAUGCAAAUUACAACUUGUGUACCAUGAAAAAUAGAAACCAAAAAGAAAACAAUUGUCUAGUCCUCCUUUAGCAGUGAAGUGUGGGACGUGUCAGUGGGUGAACACCUCACUGCACCAGUGUGUGUCUGGCACUCACCAGCUACAUGUAGUGACGAUGGUUCCACAGACAUACCUCAACUUUUCUUCCCUUCAAGCUGCUUCCCACAGCAAUGUGUGAGCCAGAUUUGCUGGGCAAUGGAUGCCAGCACAUACACACAAUCCUCACGUGCAUAGAAACCUUGUCUCUGCAACCCUUGCUGGCUGGCAGGAGGUGUGGCACUCGGCUUGGCAGACGGAGACUUUGUUGAGCGAGGCAACAAUUUAAGCAACACACAGAUCAUUAAAUGUCAACAAAAUGAGGUAAUGCAGGAAUAAGAAAAGUUUGGAGAAGAAAGAGGUAUUACUAUGAGGACUUCCAGCAUAAUACUCAGUUUGUUGUUGUAACUGUUGCCUCAGAAAUAGCACAAAUUAACACUGAUGCAGGCUGCUUUAACCUGACGCUGUACAUAGUGUUAGUGCAGCUGCUGCCGCCUCACAGCUACAUACACUGUCUGGCCACAGAUACUCAAAGCUGUCACUGGAGCUCUCCAAGAGGCAGUGGCCAGCUAACACCUACACUGGUGACACUCAGUGCACACCGCACACCACAAUGGGGAAACACCGACUUAUUUCAUGAUUUUCUCUGAGGCAAGCGUCAUGUAGCGUUGGUCUGAAGGAAGCGGUCAUUAGUGUCGGGGAGUGACUGGCGCUCCUCACACCGGUCUGGCUGUCAGGAUGGCUUGGUGCAAUGGUCACUUGUAUUUUAUGUACAUAGGUCCUGUCCUCCAUGAACAAUUCUUUGGAUUUGAUAUAUUCCUAUUUAAGCUUUUUGUCAGGUAUUACUACCACACUGUAGCAAAGGCUGCAAGAUUUAGCUAUUUUUCAAUAAUAUAGUAUUUGUAACUUUGUAUCAGGGUAGGUCAGACUCAUGUUAUAUUGGUAAUUUUACCUAGGAAAGAAGGCAUGAAAAUGCCCUCUAGUGUAACAAUUGAUCCAAACCUUGACAAAGAAAAGAGUGACGGCAGCCAGCAGUGUGCCCAUCACGCCUCAUACGGUGGCUGACACAACACGUACGUACAACAAAUGGGCCACGACAACCCUCACAGGGUGGACAGUGACGAACCUAACCCCACUCACCAAUCCCCAAUCCAAUUCACUGCUUCACCAAAGCUUCAGCAACCCUGUACUUGUACCUUCCCGUCCUUUGUAUACUCAUAACCUGCCUGUCCUGCCUCACACCUAUGUCAGCCACACACUGCAGGGCAGAUUGAGAGGCAAACACUGUCACACAGAUUAAAUUCACUCUAUACUUAUAUACAAAAUGGGAUGUAGAAAAUAUUUUUGAAUAAAUCUGGCUGAAUUGAGUAAUUAAUACAAUUAAUAUAGUAGCCUUCUGUAUAGAAUUCCUGAGCACAAAGAUGAAAUAUAACAAGAUGUUUCAAGUUAGAGAUGGAAAAUUCUUAAAUUUGAUACAAAAGCCAUCCAUAAAGAACUUAUAAAAGCAAAAUUGUCAAUUGAUGAUUUUUUCUAUAUUUUUUAUAUACAAGAGGGAAGGCUGUCAAGGGCAACAAAAUGUUAGAAAAAAAAAAAGCCUACUGGAACUGCAGGUCCCUUAAAAAGUUAAAAAAGUCAUCCAAAAGCCAGGGACAAAUGUCAUGACACCUCUCUCUUAAAAGAAGUCAUAGGAAGAUGGAAAUACAUGAAUUAACUAACUUUCUAUUUGACAUUACUAAGAAGCACAAAAAAUGUAAAGUUUUGUUUGACAAGUAGUGACAUUAACAGAUACAUGCAGGUCAACAUGCACUUCAUGAAGAGUGCAAUGUUAGAAGCUCAACAAUGUGAAAUCUUUAAAGCAAGUCCUGUCCUGUCCUGUCCUGCCUGAAGAAGACUUAAGCACAUUCAGCAAGACCUUCAUACACUCACUCACUCACUCACAUUCACUUUGAUCUUGUGGCACCAAGCAAUGACCUCAAAUUUCAAAAUAUUGAAAAACAUUUCAAAUUUUGUUUGAAAAGGAAAAUGUAUGACUGAUGAAAACAAGGUGUAAUUCUGAUGAAAUGUGCAAUUCUGAUGAUAUGUGUAAUUUUCAUAAAAAUGUGCAAUUCUAGAAAGAAUAAAGUGCAAUUUUGAUGAUAAAAAGAAAACUGCAAGUCUGAUGAAGCAUUUUUCCCACGGAAAGUGAAAGCUCUACACCUGACCUUGCAUUUCCACUCAGAACCAGCACCUGGUGAGGCAGCACCACAACAAUCACCCUCAGCCUGCAGCACUGCCCUGCUGCCCAGGAUGCGGCGCCAGGCUGCCGGCCGGGAUGUGUCCGGGCAGGUGCUGCAGCCGAGGUCACUCCUGCGGGUCUUGAAUUGCUACCGGCAGCUCUUAGUGUAUCUGUAACAAAGUUUAUUUUUCCUCAUAUUGUAUCAUUACUGCUGUACGUCAGAUCAUUUUAUCUUUUUCAUGUUCUUACACUGUUCUUACAUUACUUUUUUGCUACUGUAAUUUCCUGCUGUUAUCAUAUUAUAAAGUAUAUAAUGCAAGGUUAAAGUUUUAUAAGCUGACAAUAAAACUUUUGUUCACCAUCAGUUUCAUAAGAUUAAGGUUUGGCAUGAGGGACCAUCGAAGAUUUCGAUGUUUUGUUUAAAUAAUGAAGUAUUUUACUGAGAAUCAAGUGGUGUCAGCAGGCCAACCCCACCCAGCCCCUGAAUACUCUGCUUGGCACAGUGUGUUUGCAGCAAUGCUGGAGGAGCACGGGCAAGGCAGAGGCGUGUGAGGCUCCCUGCUGGGCCUGGCGUGAAGGGUUCCCCCAUCAUGCCCACCACUGCUCUCACUACCAAUACGAGUGUAAUUUUUAUUGCUUUAUCUAAUAUGUUGAAAUUUCUAGAUGUCUUGUGAAUAUUGUUAAUUAAAGAAACUAUCCCAUUU